CACACAAGGCAAUUUCAUCUUCACAUCCGCCUCUUCUCACAGUCCACCCAAACUCUCACCACCCUCGUCCGAGCUCACCCUCAUCCUUCAAGAUGGAUUCCAGCAAGCAGCCCGUCAAGCUCGUCAAGGUGACCCGUGUCCUCGGUCGCACCGGUUCCCGUGGUGGUGUCACCCAGGUCCGCGUCGAGUUCAUGGACGACACUUCCCGCUCCAUCAUCCGUAACGUGAAGGGCCCAGUCAAGGUUGACGACAUCCUCUGCUUGCUCGAGUCCGAGCGCGAGGCCCGCCGUCUCCGUUAAAAAAAUCCCCAAAACAACAUUUCACUCGCGCUAUGUCUUUCGUCUCUCUUCGUCUCUCGCAUAUCCCUCACGUCCGGUUUUCUUUGAUCGUUCUUCGGCCAAAACUGUGUCCUCGCUUUUCUUUUUCGCCGAUCCUCUGACUCCCCCCGACUCCUCAACCUCAACCGCCGCGUCGCCCA